AUGUCACAUUUUCCCUAUUUAAAAUAUGAAAUCAUCGAUACGUGCAAACGAGCUAAUACAAAUGCAGAUGAAAAUCUAGGUUCGGUGACUUAUUUAGCUUAUGAUCAAAAGGAUAACAAAAAAGCUAAAUAUGCCUUAAAAAUAGUCGAUUUAGAAAAACUGGCAAAUCUUAGUGAUUUUAUUAAAGACAUUUUAUGGUAUAAACAAUUAAAUCAUUACAAUCUCAUGUCACUUCGUGAUUGUUUUCUUAUCGACACAAAACUUCAUCUUGUUAAACCAUAUGCUUCAUUUGGUUCUUGUGCGGAUCUACUCUGUUGUCAUCCGUUCGGCAUACGAGAACCAUUGAUUGCACACAUUAUGUGGCAGAUAUUACAAGCACUUAGCUAUUUACAAGAUAGACAUAUUGUACACCGGGCUAUUACUUCGAAACAUAUCUUUAUUUAUGAUGAUGGGCGUAUUUUAUUAGAUCAUUUUUCGCAUUGUAUAUCGAUGAUAUCACCAUAUGAUGGAAAAUUACGACGUCAUAUACAUGACUUUACCGAUGAUCUUAAAGAUGAAAUCUUAUAUUUAGCACCGGAAAUAAUUUUUCAAAAUGCAGAUGGAUAUAAUUUUAAAAGUGAUGUUUAUAGUUUGGGCAUGGUUGCAUGCGAACUGGCGAAUGGCAGUAAUACUUAUGUUGAUAUGCCUUUUGGAAAUUUAAGUAUGUUAUAUGCUAAAAUGCAAGGUUCAGAACCGAUUCUACUUGAUGAAACUCAAUUAACAGAUGAAAUGAUUGCUCUAAGUGAUGAUAAUUCCAGUGCAUAUGUUGAUGAAAUUAGAAAGCGACGAUACUCGAAAGAAUUCCAUUCAUUUGUUAAAUGUUGUGUCUCUGCACAGCUUGAAUCAAGAUAUUCAGUUGAUGAACUUUUAUCACAUCCGUUCCUGAAGCAUUUGAAAAAAAUCAGCGGCGAUCCUCAGCUGAUUGCCGAUGAUAUGGCGAAAAUUCUUGGAUUUUACGAACAACCACAACCAACCACUGCUGCAACAAACAUUGAUAGAACGAUCGAUGAUUCCAAUACUACAAAUAAUAGUAUCAAUUUAUCAUGGGAAUUUUAA